AUGGAGAAGAAAUUGCCCGUGCCUAAACCACCUGUCUCUAAGGCAGUCGUUAUCGUCGGCAAGGGGCCUCCACCCCCGGGGGGGCCCCCUGGAGGAGGCAUUCCAGGGGCCAAGAUCGUGCUUCAGGGCAACGGUCCUCCUCCUGGUAAAGCCGCACUGACGAAGCCACCAGCGGCCCCUCUUCCUGGAGGUGCCCCCAAACCUGCCCCACCUGGUGCUGUUGUAAAGUCUGCCGCUUCCAGUGUGGCUGCCUCAGCUAUGGCUUCUGCCAAGCCUACAAUCUCCAAGCCGGAUGUUCCACAACCGGCUCUGAAAGCUGCGCAGAAAGAACUGCCCAAGGCCCCUGGGGUCCCAGCAGGCACCAAACCCCUAGGGAGUCCACCCAAGUCUCCCCUACUGCCGAAAACGCCUUUAAGUGAGUCCAAAUCUCCGCUUUCCAAGUCUCCAGAAGAUGCAAAAAAGCCGUCUCUUCCGGGAAACGGCGCGCCUAAGCCGCCGGCUACCUCCCAACCCCCCAAACUGCCUGCCUCAGCGGCCAAGGGGCCCCCUGGAGAAUCCAAAGCGCCGACAUCGAAGAUUGUGCCCGACGCUGGAAGCCCCAUAGCCGUGAAGGGGUUGCCAGGCGCACCCAAACCUGCAGCUGCUGCGAAGGAAUCAUCUGGCCCCACCCCACUGCCGGUGCCAGGAGCCUCCCUGAAGCCCGCUGCAGGUGCUGGGAAGCCCGCUAGUCCUCCGAAACAGGAGGCUUCGGGUCCUGCUGGUGCCCCUUCUGCGCCUCCAGGAGCUGACAAGUCAGCGUCCCCUGCACCACCCGUUAAGAAGGCUUCAGUUGCCAGUGCCGGUCAGGCCCCUGGGGUAGGCCCUGAGGCCUCCAAGCCGGCAGCACCUAAGCAGAGCCUGGAGAGUGUCGACGAGUUGGGGCGUUUGCGUGGAGUCGGAGACUUGGCACCGAAGAGCGAACUGGCUCAUGAUCUCCUAGGAAACUCCAUUCCAGUGUUCGACAAGCAGGGAAAUUGGGUGGCUUACGCGACAGGACCCGCUUCUCCGCUCCAUCAUGAAGAUCCCGGGAGGCGCAGCCGGCGCCUGGCCGAUCGGAGGCCAGAAAUGAGGGACGCUAUGAAGGGCCCAGUGGAGAGAGGCCUUGACGCCGGAGCUUUGGGAGGUGUGAGCGUUCCUGGGGGCAUCCCUGGCUAUUUUAUGUCGGUUCCUCCUUGGCCAGUUCCCACACCUAUGCCUAUGGACGUGGCCAGGUGUUGGGGGACUCAUCCUCAGUGGAUGAACUUCCCAGACGCUCAGAUCUCCCCAUAUGCUGCAUAUCCCCCGCAAGCUGUCCGACCACCGCAUCCCAUGAUGUACGGACAACCGUAUGCGUAUGAAGAGGGCUCCCAGGGUCCUAGCACACAACAGGGGACUCUCCCGGGAAAUUACUGGCCGGGGUAUCCUCUACAAAGUGAAACCCCGGAACCCCCAAAAGCCGUCAAAAAAGAAGGAGUUCGAACAAGGGGUUAUGUGAUGGCUCGAGGAGAUGAAGAACUCGGGAAGACCAAGUGGUCCGCUGUCGAGCGGCACAUUAACAACAUUAGAGGCGGAUAUGGCGAGGCCUUUCGGCCUCCGGAGGAGUCUCAGAUUCCCCCCAAAACGCCGUCUAUGCGGGCCGUGCGCAAGCACUCCGGCACCAGAGACGAAAUCUACUCGGGCUUCCGGCCGUACUAUGUCCGAGAUAAAAAGCCCUAUGUUGACGAAGUUAUUCCCAGGUCCGGCGAGCCAAAGGAGGCCUCUAGUGCUUACCCCGUGUUCCCCAAGAAGAACCAGUUGAUGCUGAGACCAAAGGAACGUACCUGGGAUCGCUGGGGAACUACUGGUUUAACAGCACCCCGCAAGCGGACGUAUCAGAGUCUUUCCGAACUCGCCAGCUGUUUCUCAAACCUCGAGGCUGAGGACCAAGACGACGUCAUUAGCCUAUUGCUGCUGUGUAGAAAGUUGGAGCAGCAGGUUGAGAAGCAGCACGUGGUGAUAGACAUGCUAGAGCACGAUUUAUCGGAGGCUCAAAAGGUUCUGAAGUUCCCGCCAGAAUGGCGCUCUCUUGAAGGUCUUGACUUUGCAGGAAUGGUGCCUUCAGAUACUCCAUUCCAGGCGACCGCCGCAACUCCCUUGUUCAUCAAGAGUACGAGCUCUUUGCCCUCGAACGUCCCAGAGGACCCUAACGCAAAUUUCGGAGUAGGCGUCCCGCUGACAGGUCAGAGUAAGCCAACGCCAGCAACGCGUACCGCUCCAGCAACGGCAGGUGGAACUACACCAGCAGCAAAGCCGGUGGGAGCUGCUAAGCUUACACCGACCCCUGGAGUUGCAGCUGCAGACGGGCCCAAGAAGCCCCCUGCGGGGAUGAAGCCUAGGGCACCAGUACUGGGGGCUAAAAAGGUCACGUUCAAGAAAGCGUAG